GUGGUAACCCUGGUCGCUGUCAUUUGCUUUUUGGUCCAGGCGUGUUGUGUAAACGCUGGCCCUCUUUUCUGAAUCGCUUAUUCCGGCGGACGUUCUCCGGGAUUGUACAUAUCUGCAUCUCCUAUUUCAUUUAGGACAUGCUCAACCUCCUCCGUCGUCGUCCGGCGUCAGUGCCCCUCAUCCGGGCCGCGUUCAGCGCUCCUUUGCACACAUCGGACAACCGGCCGGGUUACAUAGUGCUGGUCCCGGAAAUUGGCGAGGAGGGACCUUUAGGCGAGGGCGUGCUAAAGCCAGACGGACUUCCCGCUUUCAGUGACAUCACCAUUGAGAUGUGCCUGGGCGCUAUUGGCCAGCAGGCUUCGCUGGUGGAGAACUCCGUGAAGGCGCUGGAAAGCGAUCUCCAGAGUGGAAAGCAGCUGGACGCCGGCAGCAUCUUCCGGGAGCUUGACACAGUUACAGGACCUUUGGAGACCACCUGGGGUGUGGCCAAGGCACUGUACCUGGGUAACUCCACGCUGAUUCCCACAAAAUCCUACAUGAACAUUCACGAGCGAGCGCGCAACGCUCGAGCAGCCAAGUUCUGCAACCUGACGGUGUACAAGACACUUAAAAAUAGCUCCGCCGAAUCCGGACCGGAUGAGCAGCGUUUGCGCCAAAAGUUCCUGCUAGAGGGCAAGCUGAACGGACUCACCCUAGACAAGGACAAGCAGGACGGGCUAAAGGAGCUGCUUACGCAUUUGGGACGCGAGAGGGCCAGCUUCAAGAACAAGGUCAACAUGGCAGUGCACUCGUUCGGUCAUGUGAUUACCGACUUCAACUUAGUAAGGGACUUUCCACCUCCUCUGUUAGAGGCCACUGCACGCGAUCCUGGCCAACCCCUGGAGGGUCCAUGGAAGAUCACACUUCAGCCUCAAGUGGUUGACGGCUUUCUCAAACACUGCCCAGAGCGACUGCAACGCUGGAAUGUUUGGAGGGCCAGUGUGCUGAAGGCCUCCUCGCAGCAGGAGAAAUCCCUAGAGAACAGCACCCACCUGGAGAAGAUUCGCGGAUUGCGCAAGCGACAGGCCAAUCUGUUGGGGUACGCCAACUUCGCAGAUAUGUCUAUGCAGACCAAAAUGGUUGGCAGUGUGGAUAACCUCAAGCAAAUCUUUGCCAAGCUACUAAAGUUCGCCGGUCCGGCUCAAAGUGUGGAGCUGGAGAAACUGCAGAGCUUCGCCCAGAACAGUGGCUGCGAUUACAAACUGGAGGCAUACGACGUGGCCUACUGGCGCCGGAAGCAGCUGGUGGCGGAGCACGGCGUGCAGGAGCAGAAGCUCAGCGAAUUCUUUCCCUUGCCCCGCGUUCUCUCCGGAAUGUUUGCGCUUAGCGAAAAGCUCUUCGGCAUUCAGAUUGUGGAGCAACCCAAGGCGGAAGUGUGGCAUCCAGCGGUCAAGUUCUACGAUGUGUUCGACGCCGAUUCGGGCAAUAGUUCGACUCCGGUGGGAGGCUUCUAUGUAGAUUGCUACUCUAAGGAGCACAAAUUCGGCAGAAACAACGGAUGGAUGGUGGGCAUAAGGAAUAGCAACAAAUCUGCCAGUCUGACGCCCCUCUGCGCCCUGAUCUUCAACUUCUCGGAGCCGCAGGGAAAUCCCGAAGAGGGCAGGCCUCCACUCCUGGCGUACGAUGACCUGCAGAUGCUGUUCAAGACUUUUGGUAGCGGACUGCAGCACCUUCUCACCCAAGCGGGCUACAGCGACUUGGCGGGACUCUCGAACAUUGAGUGGGAUGCCUCGCAGGUGUCCGGUCAUGUGAUGAGCAACUUCCUGGACGACCCCACUGUGAUCCGAGGUCUUUCCGGACACUUUAGCAGCGGUGAGCCUUUGCCAGCGGAGCUCUCCCAAAAGAUGCGUCUACUGAAGACCCAACUGGCCGGCUAUAAUCUUUGUCAAGACCUUUACUUGGCGGAUCUUGACGUGGAGCUGCAUCGGUCGAAUGCUUUUUGGCUAGAGAUUGUGCGCAAACUGUGGCCAGUCUACCAAUGCAUGCCGCUCGACAAGAAGGACGCACACCCUUGUUCGCUCACGGACAUAUUUGCCGGAGAUUGGGCGGCCGCCCAGUUCAGCCACUUGUUCUCCCGCCUGAUAGCCGCCGACAUAUCGAGCAGCUUUGCGGAGCAGCGCACUGAGGAGAACUACGCGCAGGUUGGCCGGCGCUACAAACAGACGUUCCUCAGCUCUGGCGGAUCCGUGCCAACGGCGGAAGUGUUCCGCCGCUUCCAGGGUCGCGAUCCCUCCGGCGAGGCUCUCCUCAAGUCUCUGGACUUGUUCGAACCCUCCCAAACCACGGAUAGCAAUUGAGGGACAUGCUCUGACCCGCUAAACGUUAUCUUCUGUGUGUCGUCAACUGAUAAGCCUGAUCGAUGGCUGCCCGAGGUAGUCGACUUAAUUGGCUAACAGUCUUAGGGGAACGUAAUCGUUGGAGUAUUCGAAACAUUUUAAAAUUAGGUUUGCAAUAUAUUUUGUUAAAUGAUUUUUAGUUUGGCAGAAACACAUUAACUUACUUAAAGGAAUUGUGUUUUAAUUCUCAAAUGAAAAAAAUACAAUGCAAGUCGAUUCAGGGUACUUACAUUAUAUAUGAUGGAAGAAAUUGUUACUUUCCACCUCCAAGAUACGUUAGUCAAUGGUCGACUUACCGUUUAUGGCAGCCGGAUUAUGUGAUAUCGAUCGCGUGAUUCAGGCGCGAUCUUAUCGCAGGUGUGCAGGUGGUGCCGCAGCCGGCAUCCAGUUAAAACACACAUUGUUGCUUUAUUUAAAUAAUACUUUAAUAAUAAAUUGCAUAAAUUUAUAACAUUUAA